AUGUACGCGGCCACAAAGAUACCAUUUCCCUGAACGCACGGAUUCCAAGAUUGGAAAUCCAUCCCGUGCACCUGCGGCGGCGUACAGCAAAGGGCAGAUUGGCAAAGGCAACGAAUCCAUGGGUUCCAAUUCCAUAACACUCGCGCAAACUACUUGGGCGAUCUCGACCACGCUCACGUGAAGUCCAGCUGAUGGAGCGAGCGGCAACUCUCCUGACCUCACCUGCACACCUCCUCCUUCCACCUCGCGACCCAGCUCGUGAUAAUUAGAGCAGCUAGAUUGCUUGCUUGCGGCGGCGGCGGCUUACUCGCUUGAUCCAUCGGUUGAUCGAGCGGCAAUAUAAACUGUAAAGGGAGCCAUCAGAAAGCAAGGCGCCUUUGCUUCUGCUUUCUCUCUUUCUUUGUCGCCACGAUGCCGCCGUUCAGCGGGAGGAGCGGCGUCCUCGCCGCCAUCGCGUUCUCGUCCUCCGUCCUCCUGCUGCACGCGCUGUCGCUGCCGGCAGCCUCGGCGCGCGGAGCCGGGCCGGCGGCGCGCCACCGGCGCGACGCCACGCCCGGCCCGGCGAGCUGCGACGUGUUCAGCGGCAGCUGGGUCCUCGGCGACGGCCCGGCGGCGUACACCGGGUACAGCUGCCCGCUCAUCGACGCGGAGUUCAACUGCCAGCUCUACGGCCGGCCGGACUCCGACUACCUCCGGUACCGCUGGAAGCCGGCCGGGUGCGAGCUCCCGAGGUUCGACGGCGCGGAGUUCCUGACGCGGAUGAAGGGGAAGACGGUGAUGUUCGUGGGGGACUCGCUGGGCCGCAACCAGUGGGAGUCGCUCGUCUGCCUGCUCCACGCCGCCGAGCCGCAGUCGCCGGCGCAGCUCGUCUCCUCGGACCCUCUCUACAACUACAAGUUCCUGGAGUACGAGGUGACGGUCUCCUUCUACCGCGCGCCGUAUCUGGUGGACAUCGACGCGGUCCAGGGGAAGCGAGUCCUGAUGCUCGACGACAUCUCCGGGAACGCCGAGGCGUGGCGCGGCGCCGACGUGCUCUCCUUCAACUCCGGCCACUGGUGGACGCACACCGGCGCGAUGCAGGGGUGGGAUUACAUGGGGGAGUCCGGGCGGUACUACGUGGACAUGGACCGGACGGUGGCGUUCCAGCGCGGCCUUACCACCUGGGCCAACUGGGUGGACCUCAACGUCGACCCGGCCAAGACUCGCGUCUUCUUCCAGUCCAUGUCGCCCACGCACUACAGCUCCAAGGAGUGGCCCAACCCGGUGUCCAAGAACUGCUACGGCGAGACGGCUCCGGUGGUUGGGCUCAACUCGACGGCCGCCGACGGCCAGCAGGCCUCCUCGGGCCAGGACCAGGUGAUCCAGGCCGUGCUGCGGAGCAUGCGGAGCCCCGUCCGGCUCCUCGACAUCACGGCGCUGUCGGCGAUGCGGAAGGACGCGCACCCGUCGGUGUACAGCGGCGACCUCACGCCGGCGCAGCGCGCCAACCCCGGCGGCUCCGUGGACUGCAGCCACUGGUGCCUCCCCGGGCUCCCGGACACCUGGAACCAGCUCUUCUACACCCUCCUCUUCUACAAAUAGUAGUAACGGGAUACAGCAACUCAUCCACCAUGCUUCCGUGCAGCUAGCCACAUUGUUAAAGGUCAAUUUUAUUUGAUUUUUUUCGGUGCGUGUAAACUAUCAUUAGUGUGACGUGGUCUCGUUGGAGUAUGUAAGCUGCUGAUGGGAGAAAUGAGUAUGCCCGUUAACAUCAACUAUGAAUAAUGUAACAUUAUUAAAAUUGCCGAGAACCUAGAGCAUGUAACGUUUAGACAGCAA